GGGUGGAAUGUAGGCCAGCGACGCGCCUGCGAGACUGUGCACCCGCCCCAGCCCUGCCCGUCCAGCGGGGGUUUUUGCUUGCUCGUACAGCAAGCAGUGAAAGCCGCAGCGAGGUCGACCUGUCCGUGUCCCCGAAGUGAGGCUUUUACAGUUCGCCGAAUCGUCGUCCCUUUUGCACGUGUGCGUGAAGACGGCAGCAGCGGGUUUUGUGUGUUGCUGUGAGUAGUGAUGCGACCAAAAGACGAGUGCGCGGCCGUAGAAAUCGCGCUAAGAGAUGGUGUGUGAGUGUUUCAGUGCGGGAAGUUUCCAAGCCAGCAACGAAGACGCCAUACUUUCUUCGAGGUCUCCGCUUGUGCAGCGCGCGCGCCAGUGCCAACGAUGAGGGCGGUUCGCGGCGGAUUUACCGUUACGGCCGUCCUAGCGACGGUCGCGGCGGUUCUACUGCUCCGCGGUGUGACGUGCGAGGACCCUCACGAGGGCCUCUACAUCGGUAAAAUCAACACGUACGCGCAUCAGGUGUCCGGUCAUGUGUACGCCAUCGACGAGUACACGAUACUCAUCAAGAACUUCUUCUACGACGGCUUGGGUCAGGACGCCUUCUUUUGGGCCGGAUCCAGCGUGCGACCAAGCAACGUCGGUUUCAUCGUUCCCGACGAAGAAGGCAAGACCAACAAGCUGCAGCCGUACACGGAUAAGGACAUAUACCUGCAGCUACCGAACAAGCGCAAAAUCACCAGCAUCCGCUGGUUUGCGGUGUGGAACUUGAGAGAGCAUGCCAACUACGGUGAUAUCUUCUUUCCCGAAGGAUUCGAACCGCCGUCACCCAGGCGGAUAUCGGAGUUCUCCAGGGCUGGCGCCGGUGUUCGUUCGGGAACGGUCGUGAUCGUGGAUUCCAAGACGAUUGAAAUCCCGGACUUCUACUUUAACGGGAACGUCUCGGACACCUACUUCUGGGUCGGCCUCGGACCGCAACCGAACAGCGCCGGUCAGAAGAUUCCCGACGAGAAAGGUUACCUCGAACCACUCGGUCGUUACGAGGAGAAGACCAUCCAGCUGACGUUGCCCGGAAAGAUGAGCGUCUUCGACAUCGACUGGCUGAGCGUGUGGAACGCGGAGUCGAACGAGAACUACGGUUCGGUGAUCGUGCCACACGGUCAAGACAUCCCGCCUUCGAAGCUGGGAUCCACGAAGCACGAAUCGCGCCUGCCCAAUUGCGAGCAGCUGCACGCGACUUUGCAAUUACGCUGGGAGAUACAGGGUCGCAGCAUAACGCUCCAACUCACCGGACAGAUUGAGGAGGACGAGUACAUAGCGUUCGGCAUCAGCGGCGCUACCAACUCUUCCAAGAUGGUGGGCGCCGACGUGGCGGUGUGCUACAUCGACGGCCACUACGCCAAUGCCGUCGACUACAACAUAUCGGACCGCUUCCCGUGUUCCAACGUGCUCGGCCGGUACAGGGGCGUCUGUCCGGACCUGAAAGUGGAAGAAGAGAGCUACCAGAUACUGACUUUCACGCGCAAGGACGGGCUCACCAGCUUCGUCUUCCGCCGUACGCUUCUCAACCCGGACGACGAUGGGGACCAGAUCUUCAACCCUGACGGUGACACUUACCUUGUCUGGGCCAUCGGCAAGUACAACGAGCAGAAGGAACCUUCGUUCCAUCACACCUUCCCCAGAGGCAAUCUGAAGAUAAAUUUUGGUCGCAAGGACGCCGCCGACAACUGCUUCGAGUUCACCACUGGUUUGAACCGCAAGAAGCCGGAUCCCUGGCCCCUGUUCCGCAUCCGGGACAAAGCGGUGGACACAUUCGUCGCCAGGAUCGGUCCCGCCGGCCUUUGGAAGGGCUACGUGGGCAUCACUGGCCGUAGCAGUCCCGGCGAGAGCUGGUACAUGAACGGCGUGCUCGUUCCCGAAAUUCACGUGCAGAGGGGCCGCUCGUACACGUUCCGCGUCGAAGGGGGCAACAACCCUCACAAUGCGCGCUAUUACCACCCGCUCUACAUCACCGACAGCUCAUCUGGUGGUUACGCCAGGCUUACGGAGGCGGAAAGGCAGGGCGUCAAGAUAUACGCCGGCAUCCAGUUCGACCGCCGGGGACGUCCCCAACCCAGCGCGGCGGGCCGGCUGUGUGCCUGGGUCUACAACACCUCGGAGCCCCGGCAAGCGGACGAGUUCGCGAGCUUUCCCAAGUUUCGCAACACGCUGCGCCUUCAGUGCGACGACGGCCAGCCCGCAGUGCUCUCGUGGAUGCCCAACGACAGCACGCCGGACGUCGUCUACUACCAGAGUUACACGACGCCCAACGUGGGCUGGAAGAUCGUCGUGCAGGACGAGAUAGUCACCGGCAGUGCGGCCGUCUCCUGGAACCGGAUGUCGCGGAGCGGUGCUUUGACGCUGCUGAUGGCGUUGCUGUUGAGCGUGAGAAUGUGCGUUUAGGAGCCGCCGACUCGCCGGGUGAUUGAACUGGUGGUGAUGACUGAUAAUAUCCUUAAAAUGCUGGCCAAAGUUCUUAUAAGCUUUCCUAGGAGAGAGUAUACAACUACGUAACCGUGUUUAAUAGCAAACGGCUCGUGCCCUUUUCGUAAUAAUUAGAUUUAAAUGUUUCGCGAAAAACAGCUUUCUUUGACAUGUCGGGGCUCUAGCGUUGACGCGGAGCCGGAUUCGCUACGCGUACUUUCUGAGCUUGUUCAGAAAACUCUGGGACGAGGGGCGCAGAUUGACCUACAUAACGUGGAAAAGUAAAUGCGUUAAUUUCGGCUGCGCUUUUCUGUGCCUACGUAUACUACAGGCGCAUCUUGCGUAAGAAUAUGUGUGCUAAGCAAUUGAAAAGCAGCCGAUUGGACAUGGUGGGUAGUGUGUAGUGUGUGUAACCUUUUGUUGUUAGGCUGCGGCGCUCUAAUCUAGGGUCUAGUCGCGCGAGCUUGGCGUGGCGGGCGCGCCUUUGCCAAAGCAUCACCCGCACACGUGAACUCGCUAAAGAGCCCGCGGCUGAUAUUGGUGAUGAUGUUGUCACAGUGGUUGCUACUACUACAGUCUCCGUCUUUGCGUCUCUAUAUCUCUCUCUUUUUUUAAACAAAUUAGUGCUGCCAUUUAUGCUUUUCGGAAAGUUCUUCCCGUAUUAAUGAGAGGAAACGUUCUUUCCGAACGGAUUAUCGUGAAUACUCAUGAAUUCCACAAAGCGCAAAUUGUUUGUGUUUGACACUUAUCGCCAAUAGACUUGCGAGCGAAACUCAAAAAAAAUUAUGGAAAUGCUUUACCGACGUGUUAUGUAUUUAGUAGUGUCACGUGUGUUCUGUGCAGAUGUGCCGCCCUGAAGUUUUGUGUGUCUGUGCAAUAUGAUGUAAUUACGGGAAUAUGUAUUAGAAUGUUAUCCAAGGC